AUGCCAAAGAGAAUUUAAACACUACGUUCAGUAAAUACCUUGUAAAAUUUAAAAGCAAUCCAUAAUCUAAUUUUUGUCAGCUUUAUUUGAUUUGUAUUCCCAAUGACUCAUUAGAGGAAUUAUAUAUUCAUAUACUGAUAAAAUUGGAGUAAUGUUUUUUCUAGACUUUCAGACUUCAUAAAACUACAUCCAGAAAUACUAACCCAAUUAUUUAAGAUGGCAGAUAUUAAAACAUUGCUGAAGGAAGCCCGAAAACUUGUAGAUGAUAAAGAAUUUUUAAAGGCCCAAGACCGCUGUAAAGACAUUCUUAGAAAAGAUAAACAAAAUUAUUUAGCCCUAAUUUUACUUGGGAAAUCCCUAGGUGACUCUGAUCAAGCACCUUUGGCUUAUCAAAAAGCUAUUGCAUGCAAACCUGAUCUUCCAUUAGCAUGGCAAGGUCUUGCAAAUUAUUAUGAAAGAAAAGAAGAUUUAUCAGCACGGAAAAAACUAAUAACAAUUUAUGGUGAAAUAUUAAAAUUGUCAUUAGAAGAAGAAAAAGCUAUAGAGAUUUUGAGUAAACUAGGUGAAGUCGGUUGUGCAUUAAAAGACAAUAGUGCACUUGAAUCUCUUCUUUCAUAUAUAGAUAAAAAACCAAAUGAGAAACUACUUAAAAUUGCAGAAAAUGAAAUACUAAAUCUCCUUAAGGCAGAUGUUUUGUGUGAGGAAAAGAAUAUUUCAUGUACUCUCACAGUUCUUGAUAGAAUAUAUCACAAAGAUCAGAAUGAUAAAAUUUCAAUGCUAUAUGGGAAAGUAAUUUUACAAAACAAUAAUUAUCCAACUGCUGUGGAACAAAUAAUAUCAUUGGAAUUUUUCACUAAAAAUUGUUUGCUUCGUGAAUGGCUGUGUAAACAGAUUUGCAUUAAUUAUGUACAAAAAGACUCAUUCUCAGGCUUUGAUAUUAAUAAAUAUGUGGACAAAAUUACAGAAGGAAUUGAAACUUCAAAAUAUCCUGGUCUUUUAAACAGUAUGAUUCUGUAUGAUAAAGGUCUGUAUGUAGAAGCAUAUAAGCAAUGUGUCUCAUUAAUAAAUUAUCAAGAUGCCGAUGUAACUGAAUCUACUUUUAUUAUAAAAUGUGCAGUUAUGCUUAAAAAAUGGCAAGUUGUAGAAAAACUUGCUUUAAAUUUCAUAGUCAAAGUAAAGGAUUCUAAUUUUUUAUUAAUACUAAAGAAAUUUUUGUUUAUUGCUCUUACUGAGCAACAAAAGUGGAAACAAGCUGUAGCUGUUAUUAAAGAUAUUCCAAUAAGUUCUCUUAACUUUAAUGAAAAAGCAGCACUUGCUAAAUGUUAUAUUGAGGUUAAUGAGCCCAUUGAUGAUGUUAUCCAAACCUUAAAGGGUACUAAACACUUUGCUCAAUUAUUAGCCCUGUCAUAUUUAAAAAAUAAAAAAUAUUAUGAGGCUAUAGUUCUUUUAGAAGAAAGUAAUGAUGAGGAUUCACUUACCUCUUUUUAUCUAGGACUAGCUUAUUGGGAAUUAAAACAUUAUGAAGAAUGUUUAGUUCAUUUUCUCAAAUCUGCUAAAUUGAAUACAGAUCAUGCAGAAACAUUUUUAUACUUGGGUCAUUUCUACUAUUAUUAUAAACUUGAUCAAAUCAAGGCCAAAAAAUGCUAUGAAAAAGCAUACAGCUUGAAUGCUCUUGAUAAUGUGAUAGUGAGAAGUUUAAGUGAAGUUUAUACAAAGCUAGGAUUGGCAGAUUUAGAUUAUAAGCUAUUAACAAUGGCAAGUGAAAGCAUUGAACACCAAACAUGGAUCACUUUUAAACUUGGUCUUCACUAUUUAAGGAAACGGGAAUGGGAGAAUGCCAUUAUAAAAUUCAGAAAUGUUAUUAAAAUAAAUAAAAAUGAUGUAAUAGCAUUUGAAUGUUUAGCUGAUGCAUAUUAUUCUCGAGGGUCAUACACUUCAGCUCUGAAAGCUUACAAGAAAGUAAUUGUAUUGAACCCAGUCCAAACCUCAUAUUGCCUAACAAAAAUUGGAUAUAUUCAUUGCCUGUUAACUCAAUAUGAGGAUGCAAUUUCUACAUUUGAAGAAGUUCUCAGACUAGAUAAUAGUUCUUUGAUAGCUAUUAAAGGUAUUGCUGAAACUUGGAUCAGAAUAGCAAAAAAGAAAGCUUCUGCUAAAUUAUAUGGUUCUUCACGUGAUUCAGCCCAGUAUGCUGUUAAUUAUCUUGUUCAAGUAUUAGCUAAAGACACAAAAUUUAUUUGUUUUUGGAAUUUGCUUGCAAGUGCUCUUAUUCAUGUAACCACAUUACCUAACAGGUUCUGUUAUGUUUACAUGAGCAGCACAGUGAAUGAAAAAGAAGAAAGCAUCAAGAAGGAAAGAGAAGAAAUUUUUUCACAAGCCCUUGCUUGCUAUUCUAGAGCAGCGAAAUUAAAUAACCAAAUAUCUUCUUAUGACUUAGCUUCAACAUAUCUUGCAUUAUACUAUACAUCAAGCAAUACUGUGCACUUGCAUAUAUCUUAUAAAUUAAUAUUGUCAUGUAUCAACUCCAAACCAUUACUAUGGCGUAAUUGGAAUCUGUUGGGUAAAAUUUGUAUACAUAUGAAAAGAUAUGACAUUGCUCAACAUUGUUUCAUUAAAGCAUUGUCAGUUACUAGAAAAUGGGCAGUUGCAAAAAUUUGGUGUGACCUAGGAACUUUGUAUAUAAAACUAAACCAUCAUAAAUUAGCCAACUAUUGCUUUUGGAGGGGUCAAUCUUCACUGCCUUCUCACCCACAAAGUUGGAUAGGACAAGCUUUGAUAGCUGAGGUCAUUAGAGAGGAUGAAGCGAUGGAUCUUUUCAGGCAUGCCUCAAUAUUAGGAUAUCAUGCAGAAAGUGCACUUGGUUAUGUUGAUUGGCUGUGCAGAAAAUUAAGAAAUCAGCAUUACAAAGACAACCGGGAUCUCAGAUAUGUGAUUGAUGGUUUAUAUGCAAUACCUUAUGGUAUUGAUCUGAUGGAAUGGUAUCUAAAUUACAAACCAGAUGAUGCUUGUGCUCUUAAUAUUCUUGGUAUUUUAAAAGAACGAAGUGGAUUGCUUCAAGGUGCCUUACAAUUAUAUGAACAAGCAUUUGAAUAUGCUCAAGAUAGCAAGAAAAAUAUUGUAAGGCUAAAUAUAGGAAGAGUGCAGUCUAGACUGUGUAUGUAUGAUGAUGCUAUUACAUCUUACAAAAGCAUUACCGAAGCUAGCUUGGAUUCAACAUGUGGAUUAGCAUUAGCACUGUUUAAUAAAGGUCUUUAUGAAGAAGCCUAUGCAGCAUAUGAUACUGCUCUACAUUGGUUGAGUAAUGAUGAUGAUGAAAAAGCUGAUCUCCUUGUUAUAAUGGCUGGAAUUGUUUAUAAGUUCAAAGGUUUGGAUGAUGCAAAGACUUUAUUGUUUCAUAGUAUUCAAGUAGCUCAAAAGAAACCUACAGCAUAUAGUUUAUUUGCUAUAUGCUCUUUGGGUAUUUUACAUUCUGACCAGGGACUAUCUAAAUUGGCCUUAAGUGAACUACAAAAAUAUGAAAGAAAUAGUAAAUUUGGUUAUGAUAUUGGGUUUUUAAAAUCAUAUCGUAUUUUCCUCAACAAUGUUGAUGAAGCAAUAAAAUCUAUAAGUGAUUCUGUUCAUGAUCACCCAAGUGAUUCUAAACUUUGGUUUUGUAUGGCACAGUAUUGUCUACAAUCAUCAAAAAAUAAAUCAAAAAUAGCUAGUAGUUGUGCUCGAAGAGCUAUCUGUGCCAUUCAGCAAAAAGACACUCAACUUGAUAUUGCAAAAAUACUUGCUACUGCUAGUAUAGCUAAUAACAUGGCAGGGGAGAAAAUAAAAGCAAUGAGUUUGGCAAAAAAAGGUUUGCAUAUGUAUCCAUUUAAAUCAGAUAUUUGGGCUGUACUGUUGUUUUUACAAUUAUGUCAAAAUUUAUCCCAUGAUGUGAAAAUAUGGACAUUGGGAGUGACCACAUGUAUGAGAAAACAUUUAAAUUUAUCAAGAACUAUGAAGAAGUGGAUAAGUUUAAUAGAAACACAAGUAGAAAGUGAGGGUUUUGAAGUCAAUUGAAAUAAAUGAAAUGGAAAUAUUGUGAAUAAAAUGGCUUUUGUAACAAAUAA